AAAGUCUAGAGCGUAAUGGCCUGCGUCCUGUAUAUAAUAGCCUGGUCCAGUUGGAAAUUGUCAUUCUUUCUACAUUCAGGUGAAGAACCAAAUAUCAUCUUAAGUUUGUUACACUUGACAGUGUGGGGUAGUUGUUGCUUGGCAGUCUGAAUUUGGUUCUAGCAGUGGUCACCAUGAAGAUCGAGCAUAGGAACGGGAACGCAGUUAAAACUCUGCACGCAGUAAUCGUUCCAUUUCCUGCUCAAGGUCAUAUAACUCCAUGCUUGCAGCUUGCCAAGAAACUGGUUCGACUUGGGUUUCACAUCACAUUCAUCAACACCAUUCACAACCACGACCGAAUGAUGAAAUCGUGUUCCAAAGAUCGCGAACCAGAUGAAGAUAUUGAGUUUGUCGCGGUAUCAGAUGGGCUCCCGGACGAUCACCCUCGACUAGCUGAUUUGGGUUCUUUCUGUAGCUCAUUUUCAGAAAUGGGACCUGUAUUUGCAGAGCUGUUUGAAAAAUUGCUUCGCAAGUCUCCAAUCACAUGCGUAAUACAUGAUGUUGCAGCGGUGGCCGUUCAUGAACCAGUCAAAAAAUUGGGCAUAUUAGUGGUGGGUAUCGUAACACCAUCUGCCAUUUCCCUCCAAUGUUAUUGGAACAUCGAGACAUUCAUAGAUGCAGGGAUUCUACCGCUCCCACCUCCUCCAACUUAUAUUUUGACUCCAUCCCUCGAUCCAGUCAAGUUAACACUUGGACUGCCUCGAAGUGAUCAGGAGACUGCAAUUCGGGAUGCUCCACUCACAUGCCUCCCUGGUGUAUCUCCAACCAUGAGGGUCAAUGACAUUCCAACGUUUCUACAAACCCAUGACCUCAACAGCUACUUCAUUCGCUUUUUUCGAUUUACUCAAAAUCCACUUCUUCCCGACUGUGAGUGCCUUCUCUUCAACACGUUCCAUGAUUUGGAGGGUGAGAUUCUGGACGCCAUGACUGACAUUAAUUCCAAUAUUUAUUUCGUGGGUCCUCUAGUCUUCAACUCCACAGAAAAUCAGGUUGACGAGGUUGAAGAAUUGUCGUUAGCAGCCACGGCAAGCGCCUUGUGGAAAGAGGAUCCAUUGUCUCUGUCCUGGCUUGACAACCAGAAGCAGAAUUCAGUUCUUUUCGUUUCGUUUGGGAGUAUUGCAACCAUGUCCAUCGAGCAGAUGCAAGAGCUCGCUUUGGGUCUCGAGAUGAGCGGACACGCCUUCCUCUGGGUAAUCAGAUCAGAUCUAAUCGAGGAUACGCACGAAAACAAAGAAUUUCAAAUCAUGCUCUCCGAUAUUAUGCAAAGAACACAAGACCGUGCUCUUUUGGUACCCUGGGUGGAGCAAAUAGCAGUUCUCUCACAUCCCUCAGUAGCAGCUUUCCUUACUCACUGCGGUUGGAACUCCACUAUAGAAAGUAUCUCAACUGGUGUUCCGAUGCUUUGCUGGCCAAGAUUCGCUGAGCAGAAUACGAAUUGCCACUACAUUAAGUGUGUAUGGGAAAUUGGCCUUGAUUUCAAGAGCCAGGUAAAGGACGAUACUACAAUUGUCUCCAAGGAGGAAGUAGCCAAAAAGGUAAGAAAAAUCAUGGCUAUAGACGGAGCGGAUUUGGAGAUCGAUAAGAUUCGGACAAAUGCCAGAAACCUCCGAAUUGCAGCAAGGAAAGCAGUUAGCGGAGGAGGUUCCUCACACACCGCAUUCAUGAAGUUUGUGCAACAGAUUGAGAAGACUUCCAAACUUCAGCUUCCUUCAUAGAACUCAUUGCAUUCGCCAUGGCUCUGUUUCAAGGACGAGUACUUUCACGUCUAUGGUUCAAACUCAGAUUGUCCUGACGACGGAAGUUUCCCUCUUCCAACGUUGAUAGGAUUGCAGUGUUUGUAUAUUUGCUAAAAACCUUACCUCGAGCAGAAAUUUGCAAGAUUGCGCAUCAUUUUAACGAAGCUUGAACUUAAAAUGUUAAGUGGCUCGAAACGUUUAAAAAGCUCCUUGAAUAUCCAAUUUUCAUUGCCUCAACUACAGUGUAGAAGCAUCAAUGUAACCCCUAUAGUGACGUUAAUGAGAAUGUUUUUCUCUAUCGUAUGCAAUGUUGGAAAUUCAUGCCCAUCCCCAACAGGCUCAAAUCA